AUGCCAACAGUUCCAAAAGUUAAUCCAUUCAAUGGUACAAAACAAUACCGAAAAAUUAUCACAGAAAAUUAUGCUGAACUAUUUGGUUUACGUGUCGAUAGUAGUACAGGCAAAUUAUAUUCAUUACAAAUGUCAGGUGCAGGAGAAAAUCCUGUAAGUAUUGUUCAAAUAGAUCGAAUUAAUUUUAUAGCUACUUGGUGGGUAAAUAUUACCAAAGUUGAUGGUGUUUCACCUGAUUCAAUGACAAUCUUUUAUAAUUCAACAAAUCAUCGAUAUUUGGUGACAGUGGUGUCUGGUAUCAAAGAUAUUCUUGUUGUUAUUGAUUUAAUGAAACAAAAAAUAAUAAGUCGAAUUUCAAAUUUUGAUUUACCAUCCUAUUUAUGUUAUGAUAAUAAAACGGAUGCUUUUUAUGGUAUGCAACGUUCUAUAAAUAAGCGUGGCUGUCGUUUGGUACGUUUAAAUCCUUAUAAUGGUACAACAGACGUUUUAUCAGACGAUUUCAAUAAUUACGAACCAUCAGCUGGAAAUUGCUAUGAAGGAUAUUAUUUUACAAUGAUUGUUUUGAAUUCAGAAACGCAGAAAAUACUGACAUUUGAUUAA